AUGCCACCCCCCGUUGAAGAAGUAUCUGAUGACGAGAUUGGAGAGAUGCCUUAUGAAGACGAUGUGUCAGAUGAGGAGACUGGCGAUAUUCCCUUCAAUGACGCCAAACCAGAGUCUGAAAAAGCAGACAAUGAAGAUGAGGAGACAGAAAGUGAAGCAACAGAUGAAGAUGGCAUCCUUUUGGUGCGAUGGAAAGGCUACCCGAAGAUCGACGACCACACCUGGGAGCAAGAGUCCGGCCUUCUGGGUGGAGCCAAAGAGGCCGUCAUGGAAUACUAUGUGAAGAUUGGCGGGCGUCCCAAGAAGCCUACCGCGAAGCCUACCGCGAAGCCUGGAAGCAAGCGCAAGUCUUUAGGAGGCAAGAAAUCUCCUGCUACUGCUAAGACCGACGUCAAGAAACGUCGACGCUCGGCAAAAGCCGAGUCUGAAACAACCACCACUGAUGUAGUGGCUGCCGAGGACAGCACGGAGGGUGACUGGUCUCCUCCCAAGGGCAAAAGUUGGGAAAAAGAAGUGGAAACUGUUGACACUAUCACCCGUGACCCAGCAAGUGAUGAUCUUUUCGUCUACCUUCUCUGGAAGAAUGGAAAGAGAUCGCAAGUCGCGAUCGAACGAUGCUACGAGAAAUGCCCAAGGAAGAUGCUCAAGUUCUACGAGCAACAUUUGGUUUUCAAAGAUGGUUGA